UACUAUUAAAUGCCAAAAAAGAAAGAAUCAAGUAGCACCAAGUUUGCUACUUUGCACUUGCUGUCAGGAGAAACACUACUAAAGCAAAGCCAAGCAAACCAAAGCAGCUCCUCUCUGUAUCUCCCCUCUUCUCACCUCUCUCUCUCUCCUGCCUUUGUUCAUGUUUCUCAUUAACCUGUUCUUGUCUUCAAUUGGGUAAACCAGAUCAUACCCAAUUUUCAAUUUUCAGAAACAACAAACAUUUUCAGAGUUAGUGAUUUAUUUUGUGCAGAGACCAUUAAAUUUCUCUGCUUUUAAGAUUGAUCCAAACUUCUAAGUCACAAAGAGAUCUAGUUAAGUAAUAAAGCUUCAAUUUUUCAUCAACUUCAUGGAGUCACCAAGCAGAUAUAGAAGCACAAGUUUACUAAGAUCUCUACAUUCAUCAUGUUACUCUUUAUUAGUGUUAUUACUAAUCAUUCUACUUUCAGGUACAAUACCAAUUCCAGUGGUAUCAUUAGGAAUAAACUAUGGACAAAUAGCCAACAAUCUACCAACUCCAGACAAAGUAGUGCCAUUAAUAAAAUCCAUUGGAGCAACCAAAGUGAAGCUCUACGAUGCUGACCCAAAAGUGUUAAAAGCAUUUGCUAAGACAGGAAUUGAGUUCACAGUAACAGUAGGCAAUGAUUUAUUACCUCAAUUUGCAAAAGAUCCAAAACAAGCUAUUGAUUGGGUGAAAAAAAAUGUUCAAUGUUAUUUACCUGAUACAAAUAUUACUUGUAUACUUAUUGGUAAUGAAGUUUUAGGCUUUGAUGAUAAAACAUUGACAAGCAGUCUUCUGCCUGCAAUGCAGAACAUGCAUUCUGCAUUACAAAGCUUAGAUUUGGAUAGCAAUGUUUGGGUUACAACUGCCCAUAACUUAGCUAUCCUUGAAACAUCGUACCCGCCUUCAGCGGGUGCGUUCAAGCAAGAUUUAAGCAGUCUAAUGUCACAGAUUUUAACCUUUCACGCAAAGACAGGUUCUCCAUUUUUGAUCAAUGCAUACCCUUAUUUUGCAUAUAAGGCGAAUCCGGAGGAGGUUAAUCUUGAUUAUGUACUCUUUCAAGCCAAGACUAAUCAGAUAUUAGUCGACCCGGAUUCAGACCUUCAUUAUGAUAAUAUGCUGGUUGCACAAGUAGAUGCUGUGUAUUAUGCAAUGGGUCCAAAUUUCAAUAAGAAGGUGUUGGUUCAGGUGUCUGAAACUGGUUGGCCUUCAAAAGGAGAUGAAGAUGAAAUUGGUGCUACACCAGAAAAUGCUAAGAAGUAUAAUGGAAAUCUUAUAAAAUUAGUGAAAGCACAAAACAAGGGUACACCUAUGAAGCCUAAUUGUGAUCUUAAUGUGUUUGUAUUUGCAUUGUUUAAUGAGAAUAUGAAACCAGGGCCAACUUCUGAGAGGAAUUAUGGGUUGUUUAAGCCUGAUGGUACUGCAGCUUAUUCAUUGGGAUUUUCUACUAUUCAGGCAGUUGGUAAUGCAUCUACUUCUACUGAUGGUGCUACUGGACCUUCCUCUAUUGGUACUUUUGGUGGUGGUGGCGGCGACGGCAGUGGUGGUGAUGGCUCUUCUUCUAAUGGCUAUCUCUCCAUAUCUUUUUCCACGGAAAGAUAUCCUUCAGUAGGUCUCUCAGUUACUUCAUUGGUUGUGAUGGUUACACUAUUGGUGCUUUAGAUUAAGAUUAAAGAAGAUUCAGAGGCCAUGAAUACUUGUUUAGUCGGCGCCGAGCCCAUUACAGAUCUGGAAGAGGAUGUCGAUCAGAGAGGGAGACAGAGGGCAGGAUAGGAGACUUGAUAGUUAGGGAAAGGAAAAGGAGGGUUCUUUGCUUGUACUCUUUGUCAAUAUCAUUAUUUUUUUGAGUCAUUCUUGUUCUUUUUGACACUGCAAACAUUGGAUAUCUUUACUUUU